AUGGACGUCCUUAAAGCUCUGGUUGCCCGAGUAGCUCGUGCCUUCUAUGAACCGAAAUACAUUGUCAUCUUGGACGAAUUGAACAAUGCACCUCCAAACAGCAAUGGUGUGCGGGAAGAAGAUCUCGUCAUGGCCUUGAAAAUGGCACCACGCGAUGUCCAUCGGAUAUGUGGCAAGUUGAAACAAGAUCGACUCUUAAAAAUGGCAACGCGUAUGGAGGCGAGAAAACAAGAUCAGCGACCCGUUCCAAAGACGUAUUACUACCUUGACUACAAGGAAUUUGUCGAUGUUGUCAAGUGGAAAAUGUACAAGAUGCAGACAAUCGUACGAGAUAAUCUAAGGACGCAAUCAGAAAACAAGGGAUAUAUCUGUCCGAAUUGCAGUCGCAAAUUCACACCAUUGGAUGCCAUUGCUUUAUCAGGAGGAGAUGGUCUUUUCCACUGUGACAUGUGCAGCAGCGUGUUGGAGGAAAAUGACAAUGCUGAGAAUGUACAAGACAGCCAACAAGUAUUGACGCGUUUACAAGAACAAUCACAACCUAUCAUUUCGCUAUUGAAGCAAACGGAUUCUUUGGUGAUUCCAGCAAGUUACAUCUUUAAGCCAUCCGCAGCCAGCAAAGGCACCAAUGGUCAUGCUCGAGAUGACCAUGAAUUGGCUAUUGCUCAGGAUACAGGUGCCGGACAAGGUGAAAUUAUUGUGGAUCUUCAAAUGGACAAUGAAGCAGCACGUCGUCAAAAACAACAAGAAGCCGAAGAGAAACGCCAGCAAAACAUGUUACCUGUUUGGCAUCAACGUAGUACGGUGUCCGAUGCACUUGCUUCGACCUCGGAGGUGGUGGAAGAAAAGAAGAAUGAGGAUGAAGAUGAAAUGUUUGAGGAGGUUGCUCAAGAAGAGUUUGAUGCGGAUCGUCAUGAUUAUUACGCCAAGUACUAUGAAUCACUCAGUCAAGCAGCUCCUGCCGCUUUGGAUGCAUCGGAUGCAGAAGAAGAACCAGAAUUUGAAACUGUGGAAAACACAGAAGGAUCCAACAUGUUGGAGGAGAGAAUGGAUGGUGAAGAGGAAGAGUUUGAAGAUGUGCCACUUGUAUCUGUGAAUGGACGGAUGGUACCAUUGAAUGAGAUUAUGGAAGAAGAUCAAAGGAACAUGACUACAGAAGAAUACAGGGCAUAUUAUGAAGCAUGGCAAAGCUGGCAAUCAAGUUAG